CAAACACCGGCGCAAUUUGCAACCCCUGAGCAACCAAAGGCAGGCACACCUUUCGCGCCAUCUGGUGCCGACUCAGGCAACUCUGGUUCAGCCAGUAACAUUCGGUUGCCACCAGUGGAUAAGACAGUAGAUCUGGAUGGUGAUGGCGCACUGAGUCUUGCAGAGGUGCAGUACGCUGCGUUUGUACAUCACGGGCUGUCCAGUAAUGUCGUCGAAAGUCUUUUCAAUGAGGUGGAUAAAAAUCGCGAUGGCUAUUUGACAUCUAUUGAAUUCAACGACAUACGGCCGCUCGUUCUUGCGAAAGCUGAAAGUGCCGCCCAGCGUUAUCUGCAGGUUGUAUUCAUAUUUUCUCAGUUUUCCAAACCAGGGACAUUUGAGUGA